AAUUUUCAAUUUUUCUAUUCUUAAUAAAAAAUCAAAUUCAAUGUUUGUGACAUCACUUGUUGAUACCGUUAAAAAUGAGAGUAAACCGCGAGAGAAUCAAGAGAGAGCGAAUAACAGAACUGAAACAAACUGUCAACAAAACGUAAACAAAAGCUUCAUUCAUAAGUUGCACGUGUUGGUCGGCGGAGCACAAUAUUUUCCGCAUUGAUUGGGACCCUUUUUAUUAUUUGAAAUCCGCAACAAUACGAUGGUUGCCGAGCGGGAUUCUCCGGUGAUGUCCGAGAGUGAUGAGCCCGAGGAUUCCGCAGCGCACCGGAAGCUGUUGGACGGGAUUUUCAGCACCGUCCGGUCGCAAUACGUUGGUAAAGCAGUUAGAACCGAGCCGGCUAUCAAGCGCACCGAAUUUAGCCUGGUGAAAAGCUCGUUUGGGACGGAGCAGGAUGAAGACCAGCAGCCGAAGGGAACAACGGGUGCCGUCAAGUUGGACGAUUUGUUGGGAAUUUUGAAGAAGACCAACCGGCACACGGAAGUAGAAAAAGAGCUACGUCAAGUCACCAAGAAGCAAAAAAUCCUAAGGAAACCGCUGGAAAAACCAGUUGCUGAUCGUAUUCAGCGGGAAACGCUCUACGGCAAUGCACAGAAAAACUUGGACAAAUGGGAACCCAUAAUUACGGCCAGCGAGGUAGCUCCGCAGACAGUUUUUCCACUGCAGUACAGUCGUGUCGGUUUGGCCAAUGAAGUGCCCCGGAAGUUGUCCCAAUACCGGGUUAAAUCCGACCUAAUGAAGGCGAUGGAGGAGCUAGAUAAGAAGUAUCAACAGGAGGAUUCUGGUGACGAGGCAGAAGAGGACAAGUACACUUUAACUCUGGAAGAGAUGCGUGAAAAGCGCAAGGAAGCUGCUCGACAGAAGAUUCGUGAAUCGUACCAAAUCGCCAAAGGCAGAAGGAAAAAUAAAAUAAAAAGUAAGAAGUUUCACAAGCUUAUAAAGCGGGAGAAAAUUCGUGCCCAGAUAAAGCAGUUUGAGGAGCUCCAGAAAACGGAUCCGGAAGCGGCUUUGAAACAGUUGGAACUGAUAGAAAAGCAAAGAUUCCAGGAAAGGGCCACUUUGCGUCAUAAAAAUACCGGUGCUUGGGCAAAGAACAUGCAGAUCAGAGCCAUGUACGAUAUGGAUGUACGCAAGGAGCUAUCCGAGCAGCUUUCUAUUGGUCGAGAGUUGAUGGCCAAACGAGUUGGAUCCUUGGAAGAUGACGAAGAGUCGUCCGAAUCCGGUGAGGAGGGAAUGGAAUUAGAGGAGCAGACCGUCGAUGGCAAUCCGUGGGUUCAGAAACCGGGUAAGCACGAAGAGGAAGCUAAUCUGGAGUAUUCCAGUGGUUAUCGGAAGUACUGGGAACAGCGAAAUCAAGUAACGAAGGAACGUGAGAAGUUGGCUCAAUCCAAUGAGGAUGAGAGCGAUGGGGAGGAAGAUGUGGAAGAUGAAAAUGAUGAGGAAUCAGAUGAAGAAUCAGAAGAGGACGAACAGUUGGAGGUUUUCAAAAAGAAGAUUCGAAAAACCAAAGCGAUUUCCACUACCUCUUGGCAGGAGGAAGACGCAGACGAUUCAAGUAGCGGCCCAGUAUCCGCGAAAAAGAAAGCUUCAAUCGUCGGUAAAAAGAAACGUAAAGUAUCGUCAAAAUCUAAGGAACUGAACUUGGAGGAGAUGUUUGACGAUGCCGAAGAUCGGCUGCAGGAACAGGUCAAGCAAAAGCUUUCCAAAAUCAGACGCGAAGCGGAACCCGUUAAGAAAAAGAAAAAGAAAGCUGGCAAAGAUAAAAAGAAGGAAACGUCGAAUGGGCUGGAUUUCAAGAAGAAAGCCUCGAUGGCCGAUGCAGAUGUGGAACUUGAUGAGGGCGAUGGCGAUCAGAAUGCGAAUAAACUGAACAUUCCUAGUGUUCCAAAAGAUGUUCAGUUAGAGAAGGGGCAACAACCUAAAGAAACUGCCAUCGACCCGAAUCAUUUUGUUCAGAUGAAACCGAAACAUUUACUGAAUGCCUUGCCUGAUAUGACCACCGGAGGUGAUCUUUCGGAUGACGAAGAUCCCGAACAUAGUCGGAGACUUACAAUUGCUGAGGCCUUCGCAGAUGAAGACAUCGUUGCCGACUUCGAAAAGGAAAAAGAAGACGAACGGGAACGCAAUAAACCGAAAGAAGUAGACCUUAAAUUACCGGGUUGGGGCUCAUGGGGUGGUUCCGGAAUUAGGCAGCGGAAAACCCCUCAUCCACGUAGGAAAAUGUUCAAAGCUCCUCCGGUACUUCCUCGGAGAGAUGAUAAUAAGGGUCGAGUAAUCAUCAAUGAAGAUGCCGUUAAUAAAAAGCUUGGAGAACAUUUGGUCAACGAGCUUCCGUUCCCAUUUGUGACGGUGAAGGAUUACGAAGCAUCCCUCAGGGCACCACUGGGCAGAACUUUCGUACCGGAGACGGCUCAUUCUACUUUGGUUGAGCCUAGGGUUGUCACUAAAAUUGGCGCCGUUAUCGAACCUAUGAAGAAAGACAUUCUUAUGAAGGAUACUGACAAAGUUUUCAAAGUAGGUGGCAAAAUGUACAACGGUGCGGUGAAAAAAUAUGAGCAGUUUCUUAAAACAAAGGGUACAGUUUGAUUUAACGUUUAUAGAAUUUUAUAAAUUGUUUAAAUGUAAAAAAAUAAACAGUUUUUUAUUUGUCGUCAGAAAUUUCACUC